GUCACCUGGAAGGCUCGAUUUUAUUUCGUACAUCCACAGCACAUUGACGGUUGCCCACGUCAUUUUUGGUCUCUAGUAUCGAGUAUUGUGCUAUGGCAAGGGGUAGGAAUGUGCGACGUAAAGUGGCACCAUCAGAACCAAAGUCUUCAGUUGCGGAUACCAAGCAGGAAGCUGACUCUGUAGAGAAUGAGUCUACGAAGGAGGGCUCUCCCGAGACGUGCCCUCUGUGCGAGUCACAUCCCCGUAAGGCAUCAAAGAAGGAAAAUUGGGUUGGUUGUGAAGGUUGCGAACGAUGGUUCCAUUGGUCAUGCGUCAAUCAACCUGAGUCGCUGGACAGCAUAGACAAAUGGUUCUGUGCCGAAUGUCUCGUUGAGGAUCCGAGUCGCUCCAUCACAUUCAAACCUGAUAAAGGUCCUACACGCAAAUCAAGGCGAACGACAACCAAGGUCGACUACGCAACCCUCAAUGAAGGUGUCCAUCCAGCUGAUCCCAAACGCUGGAUGCAUUAUCUUGCAACAAAGAGGAUUGUCCCACACGCCUUCCCAACAAUGAAGGGCUCGGAAGUCACCUCGGCUUGGCUCACCGAGAACGAGGAUGCCAUGACACAGCCUAUCAUUAUCGAGGAACCAGAGGGGCUUGGAAUGAAGAUGCCAGAUCCAUCGUUCACCGUUAGCGACGUUGCGAGGAUGGUUGGAGAGGAUGAGAAAGUCGAAGUACUCGACGUUGGAACGCAACGAGAAGAUAAGGGUUGGACGUUAGGCAAAUGGGCAGAUUAUUACAAUUCCCCUCCCAGAGACCGUGAUAAGAUUCGUAAUGUAAUAUCCCUCGAAAUCUCCGAGACCAAGCUCGCCGAAAAAAUUCUUCCUCCUCGGCUUGUUCGACAAAUUGAUUGGGUUGAGCAAGCAUGGCCUGUAAAUAAACGGAAAGGACAAUACCCGAAAGUCCAGUUGUAUUGUCUCAUGUCAGUUGCGCAAUGCUGGACGGACUGGCACCUUGAUUUUGCUGGAUCUUCUGUGUAUUACCAUAUCCUAAGAGGUUCAAAGGUAUUCUACUUCAUCCGCCCUACCCCUGCUAACUUAGCUGCGUACGAGAAAUGGUCGGGCAGCGAAGUACACCAGUCAAACGUGUGGUUAGGUGACUGGGUGGAUGAAGUCGUCAAGGUUGAACUCCAGCAGGGAAACACUAUGAUCAUACCGACUGGAUGGAUACAUUGCGUGUAUACACCCACUGAUUCACUGGUUUUUGGUGGGAAUUUCUUGCAUUCCUGGAAUAUCGCCACUCAACUACGAGUCCGACAACUGGAGCUUGCGACCAAAGUUCCCAAGAAAUUCCGUUUCCCUAUGUUUAGAAAACUUUGCUGGUAUGUUGCGGAAAAGAUGGUCCGGGAUAUCAAAGCAAAAGAAGAAAUCCACCCAAGAAUUCUUUCAGGUCUUGAGGCGUUAGCGACAUUUCUCGUUAAUGAGGUCCAUAUAAUCGAACGCAAGGCCUCGACAGAGGCUGCAAGAAAAGACUCGAAGGACCAAGUACCAACUACUACAAGGGAUCCUAGCUCCCUGGCGCGUGAAUUAAGAUGGCGAGUCCGUCUUGCCUUGGGUUCAGAAUCAGGCGACGAGCUUGAGACACCACUUUUGCGGGGCUCGUAUUCAACCAACGGAAUAAACGGCCAUGAGAAGCGAUCGUCCGUUACUCCUGGCGCCGUCGCUGGGGUCAAGCGGAAGCGCGGCAGAGGAGUGUCGCAACUCUCAUCUUCGGAGCGUGGUCCUAUAUUCAGAGGAUACGAACCACGGCCAUGGGAUGUGUCAGAGAUGCGGAAGAUACAGCCCGUCCAAACAGUUCAAGUGUCUAUGCUGCAGCCUGGGCUGGAGGAUUCCAUUGCCUGGGCUGAUUCGAAUGCUGUGAUUGAUCCAUCAUCAUCCUCCACUCCUUCAUCCUCGAGAGUGGAGUAUACCAGUGCUGUUGACGAGGUGGUGAAGGUACGGAAAACUUUGCGUGGCGAUGUUGUCACCAUCUUAGAACGUGAGACCAUUCGUCGCGUUUACGAGAGAUGGGAGUUUGCGGAGGACGAUGAUGCUGCAGAGACGAGGGUCAAAGAGGAGGAAAGUGUAGAUCCUGCCGACGAAGGAGCACAUUUAGGCGAGAAAGAGAUUUCAAAAAGCGAGUCGGUGUCACCCUGCGAUGCAGCCCCACAAAACAUGGUGGACGCUAAUUCACCUCCACCGGAGGAUUAUCCUAUUGAGCCUGCCUCCACAGACCAGGCCACUGAGGAAGUAUUGAUGGACGUGGACGAUGGUGCUCCAUCACCGCAUCUCCCACCAUCACCACCUGUCCCUCUACAAACAUGUAAUCCCAAUUCCGUGCCCGAAGAACCACCAGCAUCUCCAGAAAUGAUCCAGGAGUCAGGCGACUGAGCACAACAAGAAUCUGGACGUUUUACAUUUCAAUCUUGCACUGUCUUAUACAUUAUUCGUUGUACUAUGAACCAUGUAUUUAAGAGGGUCUUCCUAUUUUCAG